CACGAAUUGUCGCAUACACAGCCAACGAGCUAUUCAUGUGCGCAUGUGGCUUGUGGAUUAAGAUCAAAUUAGAGUUCGCUUCAGAAUACAUCAGUAUCGCCUUUUGCCCCGCCGCACCUCAAAGCAAAGUUCCCAUGUGUCUCUCACGUAGCUAUAAUGCAGCCAUAAAUCUUGAAUCACACUCACAGUGGUCUAUGCACGUAUUUCUCACUGUCAGUUACAUGAUCACGCAGCAGCAAGGACGCCAGUACUUCUUCAUGAUACCCAGAACCUCAGGAUUGUCCUCUACCAUAUCCCACGGCGUCUGGAACUAUCACCGGAUGAGCCGAUUUUUCAAGGUGAGCAAACACUUCAGAUACGCUUGCUCACCUUGUUGUUCCUGACUCCCAAGAGCUCCCCGCCGCCCCAUUCCAGGCUGAAAGAGAAAGAGAGAAGUGGAAAAAAAGGGUUGGAUGUGGAUUCGCGUCAUUCUCUGUGUCUCUCACAGCUGAGACACAGCUGCAGACUGGCCUUUGUUUGCAGCGAUAUGGAGCGCCGUGUGGCCCUCCUGUAUGUGUCGUGCACACAGGGAAAAGCAAUCGAGCAGACGGGAGGCAGUCUGUGAAUUCCUAUGUCUCUCACAGGCUUCGUCUUCUGUUUGAGCAGGUACUUUCCCCCUUUGGCAAACAUGGCCUCCAGCGCAUGAACGCUACCCUCGUACGCGGCGUAAUGGAAUGGUGUGGCGCCAUCCUGUAGUCAACACACACACAGACACAUGCACAUGCACAAAAUCGACACAGUGAGGCGUCGGAGACAUGUGUGCUCCCUUACGUUGCCGCGUCCAUCGAGCAGUUUGGGUUCCCACUCCAGCCUGGGUCAUGCAGGGGGAGAAAGGAGAGAGAGAAAUACGGGGUGGGAUGUUUCCGUUAUCAAUCUGUGUCUCUCACAACUGAGCCACCGCCGCGGCGUUAUCAAAUUGGGCAGCGAAAAGCGCUGUCUGUCCUGCCUGAGUGCACCAUGCACAGAGGGACGGCAAUCCAGCAGGUGCAAAAGAUUGUUCAUCUUCAUAUUUGAGUUUCUCACGCUGUCUUUUCUGUGUGAGAAGGUGAUUUUUCCUUUGUGUGGGUACCUCAUUUGUUUGCUGAAGGAUGGCCGGCCCGUAUUUCUCAUACAUCACCGACAUGACGCCAGCCUGACCUUCAUGGGCAGCCUUAAGGAAGGGUGUGUUCUGCAGGGAUGAGAGCAAGUAGAGCGCUGAGCGCUCUCUGUCAUGUUCAAGAUCGCAUACCGAGUAUUCUCCUGGUGUGUCGAGUAUUUUUAUGCCGUGCCUCUCGAUUAGCUGCGUGAUGGACUGCACAUCCCCAGCUUCCACCGCUUUCAAGAUGUCGAAGCCUUCGGGGGGCUGCAACGGGCCGUCUGCACAUACACCCACCCACAAAAACGCCUCUCUCUCUCCCCCCCUCCCCUCUCUCCCUGUGUGUGUGCCUGUGUGUGCUGACCGAUUUGUGGGUCGUCAGUGUUCGUCAGCUGCGUCACGUCGAAGCGGAAGUCGCUCGGCUCGUAGCCCAGGACGAUGCGCACACGCUCGCCUGGCGAGUGGAGGCCAACUGCAGGAUACAGGAGGCGGUCGUGCGGAUGGCCGUCGGCCGCCUAAAGAGUGAAUGUCACACACCACACGCAGGCACAGUGUCCAGCCAUCUGUGCCAGCGUCUAUGGGCUAUGUCUGCUGAGGCUACAUUGAGCUGCACGCAUCGGACAUUCUGGAAGCCGAUACCUGACACACACAGACAGGAAGACAGGGUACUGGUGUGUGUCGAUUGUGUGUGUGUGAGGCCGCCGGGUAGGCGUGUGUGGGCACCGAGGAUUUCUCCAUUCUUGGUGAAGAAGAUCUUCCUCUGUCUCCUGAGCAGACCGCAGCCGAUCACCGUACCGGACGGCCACCUGUGGAUGGAGUGCCACAUCCAUCCAUCCAUCCAUCAGACGCAGAGACAGAUGAAUGGGUAACCAAGCAAUCUUACGGAUGGCUCUCGUCCCAGCCAAUGCCGUGGCCUGCACACACAACACACACACACACACACACACACAUACACGCGAAUGGAUGGAUGUAUGCAUGUGGUGCGCGUGUGUGUUCUCUUCCUCUCUCCCCCCUGUCUGUCCCUCCCUCCCUCCCUCCCUCCGUGUGUGUGUGUGUGUCUGCACCAGCGGCGUGGAAGAGUUUGCCGUCGUCUCCGUGAUAACCGUAGCUAAACGCGUCCCAUCCCACUUGCCUGCAAACAAACAAGGCAAGGCUGUCUCUCUCCAUCUACGAGUUCGCGUCCAGACCUUGCAGUGUUAUAGUCUGGCGGCACCACUCCGACAGAGAUUCUGCAGUGCUCGCCCGCAUCCACAAUCUCCACCUCAAAGUAGCACACGUUGGCGGUAACGGGCCAGGGGUCACUCGUGUGCAGGACCGCUACCGGCAGAUCAUCGCCUGGCGGCCUGCUAACACACACACACACACACAGGGAGAGAGAGAGAGGCAUGCAGAAUGGUUGUGUGUGGGGGAGGGUCGGGGAGGGGGCGUACUUGUUGGCAGGAGGGAUGUACUCGUACUCGAAGGGGCCGUGAGAUCGCAGAGUGGCUGGCAACCUUCACACGUGGACAAUUGCACAUGGACACGUGUGUGUGUGUGUCUGUGGAGAUCGCGUGUGUACGUGCUGUGCAUGGCGUGUGGACGCUCCUCCACUAUCAUGCGCUUGUCGAGG